GUUAAAGGGACCUUAGUGACGCGUUCACUCGGUGCCCAUUGCGCGUGGACGACACACACGUGUUCAUACGAGGAACUAAAUCACGGAAAGUUCCAUUUGGACUCGGACUGUGUGUUAGAAUGGAGUGUGUUGGCUGCUAAGAUAUACAUCGUGUAGGCCUCAUUCCAAAGACAUAAUGCCAUCUAAUGCCUGCUCCACUUACAAAGAGGUCAUCAUUGUUGGAAAUGGCCCCUCAGCGAUCAGUCUGUCGGUCUUCCUGUCAGGGUAUCGGCCAUAUUUUGCAGGAGGUACUCACUCCAACGUGUACCUUAACGAAAAACUCCAAAAGAUGAACCCAAAGAAAUCCAUUGUAGAGCAGGAUUUGUCCUUCUUGUCGGAGGGACUUGAAGGCCGUUCUCCCAACCCAGUGGCUCUUCUGUUUGACGCCCUCCGCAGGCCAGAUGCUGACCUAGGGGUAGACAACCCAUCCCUGUUGGAAUGGAAGUUUGAAAAAGAACAUGCUGUAGAUCAUUUGGUUUUGGGGAAAGGCAAAGCUGGUGGAGCAUGGCAGAAUAUGGAUGGAGCCAUGCAAACAUUGAGUUUUGCAAAUUGGAUGGAGCUCCCCACUCUGAAUUUCAGAGAAUGGCAACAUUCGCACCACAGAGAUGAAAACCAUGCUCAUAAUGGUAGAGCAACAAUUGCAGACGUUAGAAAGUACUACAGUGAUUUUGUGGAAAAACGAGGACUGGGGCCAUAUUUCAGGGACCAACAUGUAGUUACAUCGGUACAGAAGAAGUACCAUAGCAAUAAAGGUGUGGAUUCAGAGAGUGGAGAGGUGGAGCCAUGCAAAUGUAGAAACAAAAACCACUCCUUCCUCUGGGAGGUCAGAGGUUAUCAUUUCCAUGGAGACGGUGACCAAGAUAGAGAAGAGUUCUGUUAUUGCACCCCAAAUGUUGUAAUUGCAACAGGAACCUUUGAUGUCCCAAACAAACUCUGUAUUCAUGGUGAAAACUUACCAUAUGUUUAUCAUUCUCUACAAGAGGUUGAACAUGUUUUAUCUCACAACCGAAAGAAGAAAUCCCAGGACCCUGUCGUCAUCGUUGGAGCUGGACUUAGUGCAGCAGAUGCCAUCAUCAUGGCCCUCAAGAUGAAACGCCCAGUAGUUCACGUUUUUCGACGAGGAGCUAAUGACUCUCAACUUAUUUUUAAAAAAUUGCCGGCAGCUAUCUAUCCAGAAUAUCACAACAUCCAUUCUAUGAUGAAAGGCAAAACCAUCAAUCCCCUGUACAAACCAUACCCAAACCACUCAUUGGUGGAACUGAAAGAGGACAACCAUGUUCUGAUACAGACAACUUCCGGAGGAGACAUUGUAUCUCUGGAUGCCUUCUGCGUAGCUAUUCUGAUCGGAGCAUGUCCAGACUUAUCAUUUCUUCCAUACGAUGGCAGAAAUCUCGGUGUCGUACCACGCUGUGCCAUCGACAGCAAGCACAAUCCAAUUCAUGUGGACCCAUUUUCUUACCAGUGUUUUGCAGAAAGUGGACUUUACUCAAUGGGACCAUUGGUGGGGGAUAAUUUUGUUCGCUUUGGGAUGGGGGGCUCUUUAGGCAUAAGUAAUCAUUUGUUGCGCAUAAAAAAUAAACAUGCACAAUAGUUAAGAUCCUCAAGUGCAAUAGCUGUGAUGUUAGGUUGUGAUAACCACAUUUUUAACUUAUUUUAAUAUCAGAUCUUUCUGUUUACUAACAGGGAUCUGGGCCUUAUAUACCUCAACUGACUGAUCUGUUUUUUGUUACAAUUUUUUAUAUUAAAAAGUUUAGAAUUUUUAAAAAGAAAAAAGAUGUCUUCCUUUUGUGUUUCUAUAGUGUUAACUGUAAAUGUGGGCAUUUGAAAAGUUCUGAUAUGAAAUUUUAACAGUUUUUAAAAUGUUUUCUUAUGCUACUGUAAAAAUAUGUCUUCUGAGUAUUGUAUUUGAAAAGUUUUAUUGGUGCAUAUGACCUUAAGGUCAGAUGACACGUUCCUCAAUAAUAUAUAAUUUUUUCCAAGAAUUUGUCAUUGAAGUAUUGAUAUUUUAACAAGUUUCCUCAAGAAAAUUAAGGUACCUUAUCAGGUAUUUGAGCAAGAUACUGGAGGAUGCUAUUUAUUCUAUAAUCCUAUUCGAAAUCAUUAGCAUUGCCAAUGUCACAAUUUUUAUGGUAUCUUAUCUACUAAGACAUUUAAAAACAGCUUAAAAAUCAGAAGACAAUGAUAAUUAUGAUUAAUUUGUUGUAUAUUAUGAAGAAAUACAAAAACAGAUAUUUGAGCAACAUAUCGUCAGACCUUAAAUAAAUACAGUUGGGCCUCAAUUAGUCUGGAUGCUUAUGCUCCUCAGGAAAUGGUCCAAAUUAAUGGAGGAUUCAUUGUUCCAUUUAUUACUGGUAGAUAUAAAUUUAAUGUAAAUGUGUUCCAUUGCCCACAGAUUUUGUUAGAAAUGUGAAGCGUCUGGAUUGUAUGCAUCCUGAUUAAUAUGGCUUGACUGUACUAGAUUUACUGGAAUUCAGCGACACUUUUUUUUUCUACAUGGGGACUUCGAACCCAUAUAUAUAAAUAGCAAUUUUGUAAAAAUAAUGUUUGGUGGUAGUUUAGGACUAAGGAGUGAGGAAUAUAUUAAAAUGCAAGCUUUGCAGAUGAAAAAUUCUUGGAUCAUUAGAGCAUACAUUCAGUAUACAAAUGAACAAGAAUGUACUGUCUUGGCAGUCAUACAAGUCAUAAAAAAGAUAAAUGAUAUGUCACAAAAUACACACAUUUUUUCUGAUUUAUUGAUUGAUAUUAAAAAAAUAAAUUGUUGAAAACUGAUAAAA